AUGCGCUCCUCCGUCAUCUCCCUCCUGUCGUUGGCCUCGUUGGUCGCAGCUCUGCCCAGUCGGACUGCCGGCCCCAAACCAGCUCUGAAAAGGUCAACGUUUCGCAAACCCGACAGCCAGUGGAGCCAUGUUAUUCACGGCGCUGAUGUUAAGACCGCCAAGGGUUCCCGUGGCCAGCUUGAAAACUAUGCUCUCCGUGCCAACAAGGUAGACCCGUCAAGCCUCGGGGUUGACACGGUCAAACAGUAUAGUGGUUACCUUGAUGACAACGCCACGGACAAACACUUGUUCUACUGGUUCUUCGAAUCACGCAACGAUCCCAAGAAUGACCCUGUUUUCUUAUGGCUCACCGGCGGCCCGGGCUGCUCUUCCAUGACGGGACUUUUCAUGGAGCUGGGUCCUUCUCAUAUCGAUCAAAACGGCCAGUUGGUCCGGAACGAGUACGCGUGGAACAGUAAUGCCUCGGUUAUAUUUCUUGACCAGCCUGUGAACACUGGCUUCUCUUACAGCAAUUCUCCCGUGUCCACCACGGCUGCCGCCGCCAAGGAUGUGUACGCCCUUUUGACGCUGUUCUUUGCCAAGUUCCCCGAAUACGCCAGACAAGACUUUCACAUCUCUGGCGAGUCAUACGCGGGCCAUUAUAUCCCCAUCUUUGCUUCCGAGAUACUCUCGCACAAAGACCGAAACAUCAACCUCAAGAGCGCCCUGAUAGGCAACGGCCUGACAGAUGCACUUACACAAUACGCCGCCUAUGAGCCCAUGGCUUGCGGAAAAGGCGGUCACCCGGCGGUCCUCGAUCAGCAAAGUUGUCGGUCCAUGCGAGAUGCCCUCCCAACGUGCCAGCGCACUAUCCAGGCCUGUUACAAGGGCAACCAGGACGCUUGCGCCACUGCAAGUGACGAUUGCGACGGGCAACUGCUUGGCCCCUACGAGCAAACCGGACUUAACCCUUAUGACAUUCGCAAGCAAUGUGUGGGAGGGGGUCUUUGCUACAGCGAGCUGGAUUGGAUCCAGACUUGGUUGAAUAGGGACGACGUCAUGCAAGCCCUCGGAGUCGAGGUUGACGGCUUUAGCACUUGCAACAGCCAGGUCAAUAACGCCUUUCGACAGGCCGGCGACUGGUUCCUCCCUAUCCACAGAUCAGUACCUGGAAUUCUUGCCCAGAUCCCGGUUCUGAUCUAUGCCGGGGACUGCGACUUUAUCUGCAACUGGCUGGGUAACCAGGCUUGGACGAACGCUCUCAAGUGGCCAGGCCAUGACGCCUUCAACAGCGCCCAGAGCGUGGAGCUGACUUUGGGCCCAAGCCCAGCGUACGGCACUAUCAAGCACGCAAAAGGCUUUGCAUUUCUUCGAGUCUACCAAGCGGGACACAUGGUUCCUUACGAUCAGCCCGCGAGUACGCUCGACUUUGUAAAUCGUUGGGCAAGGGGGGAGUGGGCCAAGUCAAAUCCAGCCCCAGCCCAUCCAACUGAAGGGCGUACCUGA